GCUUCAACGUUUGAUCGGUUUGUGACGUGUGUGACGUGAAGGCUUCGACAGUUGUCAGCCGAGGGAUAUUUACUACUUCUAACGUCUUUUUGUGCCUCCUUGAAUUUUAGAACGUUUUGAAUUGACGUAUUGAUUUAAACGGCGUGUUUUACGUGUAACACUGUGCUGAAGGAUAUUUAUGACCCUUUAGGACUUUUCGUUGACACCAAAUAACCAUUGAAAAUAUCUUGUUUUAAGUGGACAUGCUUUGUGUGGAGAGCCUACUAUUAUAAACGCAAGUUUGUUUUGUUGUUGACAUAAAAUUGUAAUAUAGAGCAACAUUAUAUAAAUAUACAGUUGUUUGUCGAGUCUCGCGCGAUCGGUUCUUCAGCCUGUUUGCUGCCACAUUUGACAACAAUUGCUGAUGGAUAUUUAUUACGGUUAUAGGAGUUUGUAUGGACGCAAAUGAUCGUCGCAAAAUCGUCCUUAUGCGGAAAUACUUUCCAGGAGGAUGUUAUUGAAUUUGGGAAUGUUUGCAAUAGAAAGAACCGUACUUAUUUAAAGUAUUCCGUUCAAAUCAUACAUGCAUGCAUGAUAUGAUUACAGAUCAUAUUAACGUAUGGUUGCAAUUUCUUAGAACAGUAAUCAAGGACAUAUUCCUUCCACAGCAGACGGACCAUGCUAUAUUAUUGUCUGAGGAAACUGACAUCCAAAUUGGGAUAAACUGAACGGGACUUCAGCAUUCGCCUUCAAGAGUUGGUGAUGCCGGAGGUCACUAGCGUCCAAAGGCAUUAUGUUUUUAUGCAACACCACGGCUAUCAAGGACUGGAGCUAUUUUCUUUCUCACAUCUUACCUCUUGUCAAUAAAUCCGCGGGAUUUGUUCAGCAGAGUAUGGAUCAGGUGGAUGUGGUGACGAGCACUAUGGUGACGGCUCUGGAGCCCGACCUGAGCGGGAUGAGCGCCAGUCACCCGCCGCUCAACUCUAAUCACACGUCCGGGAUGGAGCAUGUCUUCCAGUACUCGUACUCGGAGAAUGACCUGCAGUACACGGACAACAGAACGCCGCCGAGGGACUCCAUACCGCUGCCCAAGGCGGUGCUUUACCUGGUCAUGGCCGCGCUGGUGGUGGUUGCCGUGGCGUACGCCAUCGUGGGCCACCUGGUGAAGGAUCUCGUUCACGAAUGUGUGGAGUGGGUGUUUGGGCCACGUUCAGACAAUCGGAGGAGCAAGAGUGAGGUAAACUGCAUCAGCAUGAAUGAAAUGAACGAACUGUCUCAUCCAGUGGGGACACAAUGCAUCACUUACAAUCACUCCGACUCCACAAGCACUAUUAAGCCAGAAGAACUGGUGGUGACCAUCGAUGAAACCUUGCAGAUACCUCGUGAAGGUUACAGUGGAACCUAAACUUAAGAACAACAGCCACUAUUUUGAUUCAACCCUUUAUAAUGAGGAGAAAAGUGUGUUUCAUUCAGUUUGAUCGGCAUCUGUAACGCUGAGAGCCGUCACAAUGAAGUCACAUGACCUUAGGUGGAAGACUUAACCAGGGAUGAGUAAAGGUGAAGCAUCUGGGAGACUAAAAAAGAAUUGCAUCAUUUACAAAUGAAGUAAAUGACACUCGGAAAACUCUAUCAGGGUGCUGUGUGAGACUAUAUUUUUAAAAUGGAUGUGAACCAUUGAAAGACAAAACAUUUCUUUAUUAAUCGUUUUCUUGUUUUGUGGAGACAUGCACUGUGAAUCUAGAAUAGUGUUCUGCUGUUGUUGUUUAUUGCUUACUUUCCCUGCAAUGUUUUUAUUUGGAAGAAUUUCAAGGAUUUCAUUUUUGCACAGUGUUUGCAAUUAUUCACAACUCCUUUCAGGAUUUCUGCAAUUGACUAAGCGACUUGACAAAAAGGAUUAUAUAUAUAUAUAUACACACACACACAAAUAGUGCAUUCACACUUGCAAACAAACAAACAACAACAACAGUGUUUUGUUUUUGUCUGAAGCAGUGUUACCAAAAUCUGCAUGUUUUAUUUCAGAGAUAAACACUACACAAAAACUACAUACGGAUAAAAACAUAUUUAAAUAAUAUUAAUAAAAACACAAGUUAAAGAUAUAAUUUACCCAAAAAUGAAAUUUCUCAUCAUUUACUCACCCUCAUGCCAUCCCAGAUAUGUGUGACUUUCUUUCUUCUGCAGAACACAAAUGAAGAUUUUAGUAGAAUAUUUCAGCUCCGUAGGUCCACACAAUGCAAGUGAAAGGUGACCAAAAUUGAAGCUCCAAAAGCACAUAAAGGCAUAAAAGUGAUCCACACGGCUCCAGUGGUUUAAUCCAUGUCUUCAGAGGCGAUAUGAUAGGUGUGGUUAAAAGAAACAUCAAUAUUUAAGUCAUUUUUACUAACAAUCUCCACUUUCAUAUUCUUUUGCUUUUGUGCAUAUCGCCACCUACUGGGCAGGGAGGAGAAUUUAUAGUAAAAAGGACUUUAAUAUUGAUCUGUUUCUCACCCACACUUAUCGUGUCACUUCUGAAGAUAUAUAUUUAACCUCUGGAGUCUUAUGAAUUACUUCUAUGCUGCAUUUAUGUGCUUAUUUGAGCUUGAAAAUGAUGGUCACCAUUCACUUGCAUACUAUGGGAGAGCUGAAAUGUUGUUCUAAAAAUCUUUGUGAAGAAGAAAAAGUCACACACAUCUGGGAUGACACGAGGCUGAGAAAGAGAUGAGAGAAUUUUCAUUUUGGGUGAACUGUCCCUUUAAAUAGACUUAGAAAUUAUAUUUGAUAAUUUAGUGUAUGUUAUGUGUUGACGUAAAAAUACAAAGGUUCCUCUGUUUACUUCACAACUAAGGGCUAUAAGUUCAGGUCUUGUGGUUUAGUCGUUUUGUCUCGGUUGUUGUCAAAACAGCUUUUUGAAAUGAGCAUCACAUUUUUAAACACUACAGAAUAGUUUUGCAAAUUCAAAAUGGUCUAAAAGGGAUUAUUGGAAGGAUAAUCUUCUCAGCUGUUAUAAACAGACAAAA